UAAUAUAGUUAUACGGAGUUAUUUUUGAUAGUUUAUACAAGGAUAGAAAUCAUAUGUCUUGGUGUGAUAUUGUGGGUUACACUAAUAUUGGAGUUUUUUAAAAUCCAAAAAUCAUUGUUUUUUUGCCCACGAUUGGGAGGGGAGGGAGAUCAAGUCCGUGUCCUCAUUGACAUGGUGCUGACAUGGCCAACCUGUGAACGUAGUGGUGGCUCGGUAACUAUCAACACUUUUUUUGAUGUUGGAUGGAUGGAUGGACCCCCAAUCAGUGUGACAUGAAAUGCAAUGCACGCUUUCAGUAGUAUUCUUAGCUUUUGAAACGGCCCUGAGUAAAUAAGCAUUUGCUGACCUGUCACCAUAAUUGUUUCAAUUAAUGGAAUGGAAGAGUUGGUCCAUCUUUUGGAGAAGUGAUAACUAAUGAGUUGAGGUGACUACUGACUAGGCUGUGAUGAGAGCUUCAAAUUGGUAUUUAUGUAGACAGUUGUGAAGGAUUUUCUGAAAAUUUGAGCUGGAAAGAGAUGAAGUUCUAAAACCCUGACUGGUUCAAUAAUUGAAUUCUUACUUCCUGGAUUUUGUUUCUCUAGUGGCAGAAGUCGUCUUUGCUAUUACCUCCUCUGUGAAGGAUGUAUGUGGCAAGCCUCUGACGGAGUGCCUUUUCCUGGAUGAGUAUGGGAAGAUAUGUCUCGAUGAAAUUGUUUGGAAGGGAGUGGUGGAUAAUGCAGACAAAGAUAGAGUAAUAAGGCUAACAAGAAUGAAACCUCCAAACGAGUUCUGAUCACAAGUCUUUAUCACCGGCCAAUUGAAUACGGUGGUGUUCUUAGUAUGGAUAGCACCUCAUAUCACCUGGGAAUGCACUGCACUUUUUACCUGUAUGUCUUUACAUCCAUGAAGAUUCUGUGUUAGCUUCACUCAGCGGAAAGUAUAAAAAUUGGCUCAGUUGCUCAAGAUUUUUGUUUACACCUUUGGAAUGGGGUCUUUUUGUACUUUUAUAUGAUAUGAGACACUUUAUUCUGUACCAUGUUAUAAAUCUGUUGAAAAGUUUGCAUAGGAAAUUAUGGUGAUUUGUUUUUUUAUUUGGGAUCUCAUACCAUUUAUCCAUAUUGCCAUAGAAAAGAUCUUUAAAGUAAACAACUCUCAUGCACAAAAUUCCCGUGGUGGAUAGGAUAGGGUCAGAGACACGUAGACCUUACCUUCACAUAUUAUGUGGGAGACUGUUUCGAGGAGUUGAACAUUUUGACAUUUAGGUUAUACCCUUAUAACUUUACCAUUAGGUCACAUGUUUGUCAUGUUGAAUCUCAUUCUGCUAGAUGAAUCUUAUUAUUCUAAAGCAUUUAUCAACAAAAUGGGUUCGAGUUCAUAGUAAUGGGCGGGGUCGGGGACAGACAGCCCUUACCCCCACAUGUUAUGUGGGGAGACUGUUUUUAAGAAUUGAACAUGUGACAUUUACUAGUUAUAUGCCCUGGAGAUGAAGCCUAGCGGCAGAAUCAUCUGUUGAUGAGCAUAAAACCACAGAUUUUUCGACAGCAUCCAAGUUGGUUAUCAUCAAUUGAUUACAUCGUCAAAGCUUGCGAAGUAGUGGAUGUAGGGUGGUAUCAACUAGGGUUAAUUUGUUUGCAGUCUGAUGAAUUAUCGAAAUAGUUGGACUUAUGUCAUUAUCUGGUGUUUCUUUGUCUUUAAUAUGCUAUAUUAGUUUAUGGUUUUUUAAAAUUAAAUUAUGUAAUCCCUCCAUGUUUUAUAUGACAAAACUAUACAGUUGCAGGAGUGUUUUUUUUAUCCUUUUCUUUCUUAACGAUUGGUUCAAGGAAGACAUGAAAUGACUGCUGAAAAUAUAAAUACAAGAGCAGGGUAUCUGCAAAAUAUACUUCCUUGUUUACUACUAGCUGGCGCCUUAUAUAUUUGGAGUCUGGAUUAUUGGUUUAAAGCAAGUCAUCAUCAGCAUGAAGUUUGGGAUGAAACUUCGCAGUGAGGUCGUGCGAAGCACGCCUCAGCGGAGAACUCGGUUUCUCUCUUACAAGAAGUUGAAGAAGCAGAUCAAAAUACAUGAGAAGUUAUUGAGAUCAGAAAGCUGCUUUAGUUUUUAUCUGUUAUUAGAUCGUGAACUCGACAAGGUUAAUGAAUUUUUCAUCGACAAAGAGGAGGACUUCAUCAUCAAAAUGAAGGAACUUCGAAUUAGGGUUGCAUCCAUAAACUGUGGUGAAGAGAAGUUGAAACUGCAGAAGGAAAUUUUAGAAUUUCACGCAGAGAUGGUCUCCCUACUGCAAUACAGCGUCCUUAACUUCACAGGAUUGAUGAAGAUAGUGAAGAAACACAAGAAGAUAGCAGGCACAUCCACUCACCUUCCUUUCAUAAUAGAGGCUAUGCAGCAGCCAUUCUUCUCCCCUAACUCUCUCUUGGAGCUUAUGAAGGAAUGUGAAGACAUGCUUUGCCAUCUUUUUUGUGCUCAGGCUAUGUUUGGCAAGAGGGUUCGUGAGGGUUAAGGGAGUGCUGUAUAAUGCAGACAAAGAUAGAGUAAGAAGGCUAAUUAACAAGAAUGAAACCUCCAAACGAGUUCUGAUUACAAAUCUUUAUCACCAGCCAAUUGAAGACGUUGGUGUUCUUAGUUUGGAUAGCACCUCAUACCACCUGGGAAUGCACUGCACUUUUUACCUGUGUGUCUUUACAUCCAUGCAGAUUCUGUGUUAGCUUCAUUCAGCGGAAAGUACAAAAAUUGGCUCAGUUGCACAAGAGUAGUAUUGUGAAUUGAGGUGGAAUGAGGUCUUCUUGUAGUUUUAUAUAAUAUGAAACACUUUAUUCUGUACCA